AUGUCUGAACGAUGGAAUCAUGACUUAAAUGAACAUGCUUUCAAUGAUAAUAAGAAUGAAUUCUCUUUUGAUCAAGAAAAAUGUCAAUUACUUCAAUAUGUUGAUUUGAAUGGCUUUUCAGAAUUGAUUGAUCAUAUGGACUCAACCGAUCAGAUCAAUGAACACUUGAAACAAGGAAUUUCACAUAUACGAGAUUAUUUUAUGAAAGAGAAUUAUGUUUUACGAACAUCCUACAAAGGUUAUUCUUUGCAUAUAUUUCCAUUAAAUGAUUUCGAAUUACUAUGUUCUGAUUAUAUGAAAUCAACGGAUAUUUACCAAUUCAUUCAAAACAUGGAUACAAUUGAACUAAUUGAACAUGAUAAAUUUUUAUUAAACAUUGUCAAACAAAUCCAAACGAAAUUGGAUGAUUUAUUUUGUUCCAAUUGUAUUACUCAACGACAAUAUGAUCAGAUGCGAAUAAGUCAUUCAGAAGUGGAAUUAAAUUAUUUAAUUUUUGCCUUAAAUACUCCAGUAAAGACUGAUAUCUAUACAAUUCGACCUGUAGUAGUUUGUAAUAAGGGGCCAACAAUGCGUAUUUCACGUUAUCUGUGUAAUUUACUUUGGUCCCUAUUUCAUCAACUAACUGGUUGCAGAACAUUUCGUAAUGGUAUUGAUGUUAUUGAAAAUUUCGAAUCAUAUGCAAGAAAUAAUUAUCUACAAUCGACAACUCUAUUUGUCACUUUUAAUAUUCAUGAAAUUUGUAUGAUUUUUUCACAUGAAAUUAUGAUCAAGGCAUUGGAACAUUUUCUAUUGAUUUAUGGUACUCAAGUGUCAAUGGACGAAGAAGAAUUAACUAUUGAAACUAUUGUUCAAUUAGUACGUCUUGUAUUAGAAAAUCAAAUGGUACUCUAUGAAAAUUGUCUGUUUGAACAAACUAGGGGUAAUGGUUCUGGUUGUCCAUUGACCAUUCCAUUAGCUUGUAUUUAUCUAUGUUAUGCACAACCAGCAUUGAUGUCUGUACUGAUGGCUCAGAAGCAACAAGAAUUAUUCGGAAGAUCAGAAGAUCAACUUCGUUUCUUAUUUGGAAAACCUAUCGUUGUCGAUCGAGAUGAUCAAUCUAUUCAGUUAAAACCAUUCAUUGGAACAUCAUUUCAUUUUCUUGAUGUGGAAUUAUCUCAUGAUCAAGGUCAUCUUCAUACGCGAAUUUAUCAUGAUCCUGUUAUGGAUCAAUACCAAUUACCAAAUCAAUUUCAAGCGGAAAGAUCAUCAUGUUUACCAUCUCGAUUAUUACAAUCUAUGUUAAUGUAUGUUGUACGAUGUUGUUCCAAUGAACAGAGUUUUGAAUACGAACGACGUUAUCUCAAACUUGUCUAUCUUUUAUAUGGUUUCUCAGAAAAUUUUAUUGAUAAUUGUAUUGAACAAUUUUACAAGCAAUUUUAUGCCUGUGAAGUCAAUUAUUUUGUUGAUAGAGUUCCAUAUGAAACUCUACGUCGACGAGUGAUGAAACGUCAUGCACAAUUAGUCAUCGUGAAAAACAAAUGGUCUCAGGAAAUAGAAAUGAUGCCAUCUCUUUCUUAUCCAAAUUUGGAUGCAGAUUUGUCAAUCAUGGAUUAUUUCAAGUGUCAACUUUUUGGUCUAUUGAAAAAAUGUUUUCUAUUUGAACCACAAUUCAAUGAAAAUGUGAUCGACAUAGAAACAGAUGCAAUCAAUAAUAUUCUUUCAUCAAUGACAAAGUAUCUCACGAACCAAAAACCAUGCCGAAAACGGUUAACUUCACCAAUUGAAAAAAGUAAUGAAUAUAACAGUAUGUAUCGAUGA